AGUGAGUGGCUCAGGGGGAGUAAGCGAGAGGAAAAAGGGCAGAGGGAGCGAAUGAGAGAGUGAGAUAAACAUAGGCGGCAGCAUCUCUUCAGUGCAUUCAGCUUGCAGCAGCUCAGGAGGCAGGAAGGAAGGAAGAGAGGAAGAGGGAGAACACCAGCACCUCUCUGAAGGGGGCGACACCACACCUCUCUAGCUCUCUCUCUCUCUCCAGCAGAUACACACUGUCCCACGUCACAAACACGCAUUUUCAGGAGGCGUGAGGCUCAGGAGGAGGAACACCACUCACACGCUCGCUGUUUCUGUUGCCCCGGCUGCACUUUCGGGAGCUGUCUCUUGAAGACUGGACCAGAGCUGUUUCCAUCCUCGCUCGCUUCAUCCAUCCUCUCCUCCCUUCCUGCUUUACCAUCCAACGCAGAAGCAGCUCUGCUGUCACGCAUCCCUCGAUCAUCUGGACUGAUUUGUUUGCUCUGUCAUUCAUCUAACCCCUGAUCCACUCUGCCUUCACUCCAUUCAGCCUGGACAUCAGGAGGCGCCCAGUCAGGAGAAAGACACAUCUACAGUCGACUCAGAAUCCCACCUUUCAACCGAAACCAUGAACUUCCUCCGCCGCCGUCUCUCCGACAGCAGCUUCAUGUCCAACCUGCCCAAUGGCUACAUGACAGACCUUCAGAGGCCUGACCCACCUGCUCCUCCACCCCCCACCGCCUCCUCUCCUUCCCAGCAGGGUGCAGCCCCUGCCUCAGCUCCUGCCCCUGCCCUCUCCCCAACAAAAGCUCCUACUCCAUCCCAGGUGCCUGCCAGCUCUCCCGGGACACAGGAGCGCCGUCCAUCGCAGCUGGCCCAGCAGCCCCAACAGGCCCAAUCGUCGUCGUCCUCUGGCGGGUCCUCCGGCUUCUUCAGCUCCUUCAGCUCCAUCACCAACGUGGUCAAACAGACGGCUGCAUCCGCCGCUGGCUUUGUGGAGCAGUCGGCCCCUUCUCCGUCCCUCUCCAAGAAGUUCAAGAUCCUGUUGAUCAUUGAUGAGCCCCAGCAUGAGUGGGCAAAAGUGUUCAGAGGAAAGAAGGUCCUUGGGGAAUACGACAUCAAAGUGGAGCAGGCUGAGUUCUCGGAGCUCAAUCUUGUUGCUCAUUCAAAUGGAACCUGCAAUGUGGACAUGCAGGUCAUCAGGGGCGGCACCAAGGUCGUCAGGUCAUUCAGGCCUGACUUUGUUUUGGUGCGCCAACACGCCUUCAGCAUGGCUCAAAAUGAGGACUUCAGAAACCUGAUCAUUGGUCUUCAGUAUGCAGGCGUCCCUUCAGUCAACACUCUGGACUCCAUUUACAACCUGUGUGACAAACCCUGGGCUUUUUCCCAGCUGAUCAACAACCAGAAGCGGUUGGGUUCAGAUAAGUUUCCUCUCAUUAAUCAGACGUUCUACCCCAACUACAGAGACAUGAUUACAACACCAAGUUUCCCAGUAGUGGUGAAGAUCGGACAUGCCCACUCUGGAAUGGGAAAGGUAAAGGUGGACAACGUUAGUGAUUUCCAAGACAUUGCGAGUGUGGUGGCCAUCACUCAGACCUACUGCACUACAGAGCCAUUUGUAGAUGCCAAGUACGACAUCAGGGUCCAAAAAAUUGGAGCUGACUACAAAGCUUACAUGCGAACAUCCAUCUCUGGUAACUGGAAAAGCAACACCGGAUCUGCCAUGUUGGAACAAGUAGCCAUGACUGACAAGUAUAAAUCGUGGGUCGACACCUGCUCAGAGAUCUUUGGGGGUCUGGACAUCUGUGCUGUUAAAGCCAUCUGUGGUAAGGAUGGCAAUGACUACAUUACCGAGGUCGUGGGCUCAUCUAUGCAGCUGAUCGGCGAUCACCAGGCAGAGGAUCGGCAGCUCAUUUCUGAGGUGGUGCUGGCUAAGAUGAACCAAGCUCUGACUACCAGGUCAUCCAGUGCUUCCCGCUCGCCUGCUCGCUCUCCUCAAAGCCAGAAGCCGACAACUGUGCAGCCCCAGCAGACUGCUUCUGCUAAGGAAGGCCUGGCAGACCCGAACAGGAGCUCAGGCCAACGUCCUCAACCUCAAGGUGCUGCACUGAAAUCACAGAGUGUGGACGUAACAGCAGAAUCAGCAAAAAGACCUUCUGAACCUAAGCCUGACCAGGUCCAGAAACCUCCUGGCGCUCAGAAACCAUCUCAGGCUCAGAAACCGAGCCCGGUCCAAAAGGCUGCCUCUGUCACAAAGCCACCCGUGCCGAGGCCUCCCCCAAUGAUCAGAGCCCCUUCUGUAACAAAGCCAACCCCAGAUUCUGCUUCCAGCUCAGUCCCAUCCAAAGCUUCACCAUCAUCCCCAGCUAAAGCAGCCAAAGCUCCAGGUUCCCCACCAACAAAAGCCCCAGCAGCAGCAGCAGCUUCAAGUUCCCCUCCUGCCUCUCCCAAACCUUCUCCUGCCACCACAGAGCAGCCCAAACCCCAGCCACAAGGCUCUCCAUCGGCAUCACCUGGGAAACCUAAAGAUCUGCCCCCAAAACCCACACCACCCGCAAAGCCGAUUCCUCCUGUUCGCAGGAAUUCUAAGCCACAGCUUCAGCCAAAGCCACAGUCUCCCACUCCUCCAAAGGCUUUGCCCAAACCCCAGCCCCCGACUCAACCCCAAGCCCCCGAACCCACCUUGGCGUCUGAUGCCACCCACCCUGCACAGGUCCAGUCCCCUGCUAAAUCCAGCCAGCCCUCCUCUAACGUCCAGGCUCAAGCUCAGGCCAAGCCACCCUCUCCAUCCCAAAACCCUGAGCCGACUCCAGCUGAAGCACCCGCAGCAUCCGGUGAUCCCCAGGCGCCUGUUGAAGAUCAGCCCCAACAAAAGACCCAUCCACUACUGAAUAAGUCCCAGUCCCUGACCAAUGCCUUCAACGCCUUUAGCGACUCCUCUUUCUUCCGCGGGGUCUCAGGCUCCGGUGGCGAUGGCCAAGAAGAGGCAAAAGCCGAAACCAUUCGCAACCUUCGAAAGUCCUUUGCCAGCCUUUUCUCUGAUUAACACAACCAAACAACAGUUUGCCCCUUGUUGAUGCUGGUCCUCCUUUUAACCAGUGGCCAGCUAUCCUGAUUGACAUUAAAUGUGAACCAGUCUGAGAUUAAAGUUUGUGUGUCAGUUGUACUUUAUUCCCCACAUCCUUUUUCCUGUUCAGCUCCUCUCUUAUCUCCCCAGUGCAGGUAACAGUGAGGCCUAUUGCAGACAAA